UGAUGGAUCGGCAGUUGGGCACGACGUACACGGCAAAAGGUGCAUGCACGCCCAAGUCAGGCUUCAAAGUUGAAAGCCCUGCGAUGAUCAUGAUGGAUCGGCAGUUGGGCACGACGUACACGGCAAAAGGUGCAUGCACGCCAAGUCAGACGCAACAGGCAAAGCUGGAACUCGACCGCACGGUCCAACUCCAAAAUCCCACCUCGGCCGCAACAGGCAACGCUGCCUACACAGCCCAUAGCCCCUGCCACAGUGCCACGCUAGGAUCCAACUCGAUCGUCCGAGUGUUGCAUACAUCGCGUGCACGUUCCGUGGAUUGGAAACGCAACCACCGGCGCCAUGCCGCCCGUGAAGCACCCGGCCCCAUCGCCGCCUCUCCUCCUCGCCCUCCUCCUCCUCCUCACGGCAAGCGUCGCCACCUCCCAAGACGAUGCCACGCGGCCGACCUGGCUCGACUGCGGCAGCGCCUCGCCUUCCCCAUCACCAGCACCGGCGCCUACCAGCGGCGGCGGCGGCACGUCGUUCCGCGCUAACCUCCUCGCGAUCCUGGGCGCCCUGCCCCACGCCGCGGCGCCCACGGGCUUCGCGUCCCUCUCCCUCGGCGCCGGCCGCGACCGCGCCUUCGUCCGGGGCCUCUGCCGCGGGGACUCCGCGCCGCCCCAGUGCCUCGCGGACCUGCAGGUGGCCGUCCGCAACCUCAGCGGCAGCUGCUCCUCCAGCCGCCGCGCCGCCGUGUGGUUCGACAAGGCGUACGCUACCUACGCCGACACCAACGCCUCCACCGCCGCCGAGAAGGACUUCCGCGCGAUCCUCUACGACGUGCGCACGGUCGCCGACCCGGGCGGCUACGAGCAGGCGUACGACGCGCUGAUGAGCCGCCUGGUGGCGCGCGCGGCCGGCGGCUCGGCGAGGAUGUUCGCCACCGGGGAGACGCAGUACGCGAGCGACGACCCCAACGGGACCAUGUACGGGCUGGUGCAGUGCAUGAGGGACCUCAGGGCGGCGGACUGCGACCGAUGCCUGCAGGAGUCGGUGCCGCAGCUGCCGCGCUGCUGCUCGGGGCAUCAGGGCGGGGUCGUGCUGGGCUACAACUGCUACCUGCGGAUCCAGAUAUACACCUACUACGACCUGGCGCUCGACACGCCGCCGCCUCCGGCCGCUGGACCGCUGCCGCCGGUCCCCUCGCCGACAGCCGGCAGAGAAAGACGCGGAAAGAGGAGAUCAAGACAUGCCGUCAUCGCAGUCGCAGUCGUCCUUCCCCUUGGAACGCUGCUACUCCUAGCAUUCGUGCUCACUGGUGUUUACCUGCAAAGGAGAAGAAGUAUCGAAGAGAACACAAGACCAGCACGCAUGCCAUGUCUCCGGCAGAGGAGAAGCAUCAAGGACGACAGCACCUACGUUAAUGUUCAUCUGGAGAAACUCACUCUGCCGGUGCUGAGAGCUGCGACUGGCAACUUCGCUGCAGAAAACAUGCUCGGAGAGGGAGGUUUUGGAGAAGUUUUCAAGGGCAGACUGCAGGAUGGACAGGCGAUAGCAGUAAAAAGGCUCUCCAAGGGCUCCUCGCAGGGGUUCCACGAGCUGAAAAACGAGCUGAUGCUCGCCGCCAAGCUGAAGCACAGGAACCUUGUGCAGCUUCUUGGGGUUUGCUUGGAGGAAAGAGAGAAGCUGAUCGUAUACGAGUACAUGCCGAAUCGGAGCCUAGACACAAUCCUUUUCGAUGCAGGGAGGCGGCGGCGGCAAGCGCUGGACUGGAGGAAAAGACACGCGAUCAUCUGCGGGAUUGCGCGCGGCCUGCUGUACCUCCACGAGGAGUCACGGCUGAGGAUCAUCCACCGGGACCUCAAGCCGAGCAACGUCCUGCUGGACGAGGAUAUGAGCCCCAAGAUCUCGGAUUUCGGGCUGGCAAGAGCGUUCUGGGGAGAUCAAUCCAGAGCCGUUACGAAACGACCAGCUGGAACCCUUGGGUACAUGUCGCCGGAGUACGCGUACUACGGGCACGUCUCGACCAAAUCGGACAUGUUCAGCUUCGGAGUGAUAGUCCUUGAGAUCGUCACGGGUCGAAGGAACACCUGUCCAUCAGCUGAAGACGGCGGCAACAAAACUCUGCUGAGCUAUGUAUGGGAGAUGUGGCAGCGCGGAUCAGUAGCGGAGAUCGUGGACGCAUCGUUGGGCGGCCAGUUCGCCCGCCAGGAAGCCCUCGCCUGCGUGCAGAUCGGGCUCCUGUGCGUCCAGAAGAACCCGAAGUCCAGGCCCGACGCGUCGGAGGUCGUCCUGAUGCUGGAUGACCAGCCGGCGGUCCAGCAGCAACCAUCCAGGCCGGCCUUCUACUCUGGAUCCACCGGCGUUGCCUCGUCGCGUGCUGCCAGUGGAAACGCGACGCUCGAUGCGCGUCGUCUCAUGCGCAGCUCUGAUUCGGAGAACGGCGUUACGAUUUCAGAGCUUCAACCGAGGUAGACCGUGUGAGGUUCAGGGUGCAGUGCAGUCCUCCAGCAGCCAGCGCUGCACUGGAAAGUGGAAACAUUCGUUCCUGACGUCGUAUGUAAUUAGUAAGUUGGACACGUGGAUCCGGUCGUGCCUGGUGCAUGCAACGCACGAUGAACACCCAUUCCACAAGAUUUCUUGCGCCGAAGACUCCUAACCAACCAGGCAAUAGUCGCAAGUUUCUUUGUUUCACCAGGCAAUACACCCGGUUUAGUUGGCAUGGUAGAGGUAGUGCUCGAUUGCUUGUUGCAAUGCUAUUCAUGUUGCCAGACCUAUUGGUUUGUCGCCUGCGACUUCGCCGCGCGUGACCAGGGAAUCUUGCAAGGCCACCUCGCCACGCGCACCGUCCUGGCCCCGAGACCGAGAGACGCGGCCGGCGGCGACUCCAGCCCACGUAAGAAUUGGUUUGGCCCACUUUCGAAAUGGAUCGCGGUUAUUAU